AAGAGGUCUGUUUUAAGCAACAAAUAACGAUGGCCAAUAAAAUGAUUCUCUUCUUCACAGCAUUCUCUCUUAUAAUUAGCUUUCUUAUUUUCGCAGGAGCUCAAGCAAGAACUUUGCAAGUUGAUGCUUCAGGAAAUCAUCAUCAUGAGCUGAAGUUGAAGGCAGAAAGUGGUAAGUAUGGAAGGGAGCCAUACAUAACAACUUUACCACCAGCAUCAUCUCCACCAAACAAGCAAGAAAUAGUUGGAAGGCCUGGUCGUUUAUUACCACCUCCUGCUCCCAAGCAUUAUCCAAUUAUUGGUCAACUCACAACAACUACUCCUGAUCAUGAUGAGGUCCUAAUCAUCUUGCUUCCAACUACUACUAGUUCAUCAGUUGGUGGGAAGCACGGUCAUCUACACACUCCACCACCACCACCAAAGCCAGCAGAUGAGCAGGGUCCAGUCAGGAUCACAUCCUCUUCUACUACUCAGCAUAUGAAUAGUAACCAUCACUUGCGGCCUCUUCAGGCUUCCUAUUAAGCUUUUCUCUACUCUGAUCCUUUUUCAGACCCUGCACAUAACAAAAGGUUCAGUUUACCUCACAUCGAUUGGGACUUUAUAUGUUAUAAAAUGUUGUGUUGACUACGUACUAAGUAGUAAAUCUAGUAUUUGUUUUUUUCUUUUUAAGAGUAGUAUAUAACCUGGCGUUCACUUGAUGAGUUAUCUGGCUCUCAAGAAUAAUAUGUGUAAUAGAUAUGAAUAGGCUGGUUAGUGUUAUUCUAUAUAUACGUGGAGGUAGCAUGCUUUAUAGUCUUGUAAUAAAUUAGUGACUUCGUAGUAAAUGAAUUUGAGGAGUGAAUAUUGU